UUUUUUUUAUAUAUUAGACUUAUAGACUAGACUAUGGAACCCACUCAACCCUCUUCUUCUUCAACCGAAAUUAACAAUACAAACAAAAAGCGACACUACCGACGUCGUAACAACAACAACAACAACAACAAUAACGAAAAAUCGCGUUCGGAUACAAGUGACAAGAACAACAGCGACAAGAAUAACAACGACAAGAAAAAGCACCAAAAGCAGCAGCAGAAAAAAGAACCUUUGAAAGGGUUUAAAAAGAAACCUAUAGAAGACAGCGAAGAAGACGCUGAAGGUGAAGUUUGUUUUAUCUGUACUCGUCCCAUUGAUUAUUAUGCUGUUGCUCCUUGUGACCAUCGUACUUGUCAUUUAUGUACUUUGCGUUUAAGAGCACUUUAUGGCACAAAGAAUUGUGCUUAUUGUAAGAUAGAGGCAAACAAAGUGGUGUUUACAAACGACAGCGAAAAGCCUUACGAGACUUACAAAAGACAAGAUACCCCAUUCUAUCAUAAGAAGUAUGAUAUCCGAUUCGAGACAAAAGAGAUGUAUAAAGAGACAUUGAUCUUACUCCAAUACAAUUGUCCUGAGCAAGACUGUGAAGAAGCCUUCGAGAACUGGAAUGAACUUAAACGCCACGUUAAACAAGUCCAUGAACGAGUAUGCUGUGAUCUUUGUCUUCGCAACAAAAAGAUCUUUUCUCAUGAACAUACGUUAUAUACCAAUGCUCAAUUGCAAAAACAUUACCGAGAAGGCGACGCUUCAUUUAACAAAGAAGACGAGACAGGGUUUACUGGGCAUCCAGAAUGUGUGUUUUGUAGAACACGCUUCUAUGGCCCUGAUGAACUGUUUGAACAUUGCCGUGAUAAGCAUGAACAAUGUCAUUUAUGUGUUCGACAUGGCAUUCAACAUCAAUAUUAUGCUAAUUAUGAUAGCUUGGAAAAGCAUUUUAACAAAGAGCAUUAUUUAUGUCAAUACAAAGAAUGCUUAGAGAACAAGUUUGUUGUGUUUGAUACAGAUAUUGAUUUAAAAGCACACGAAGUCAAGGAACAUGUCAACACACUUUCACGUCAACAACGGGCGAAACAAAGUCGUGUUGAUGUCAAUCUUAACUAUACUUCAUCUCAACCUCAACAACAGCGUGGACGUCAAGCAAAAAAGACAGUUCAAUUAUCAGCCCAAGAUUUUCCUGACAUUAAUGGGUCCGUCAAUCCAAAUGCUUUAUUGUCUUCAAGAAUGGCUUCUACUAGUUUAUCAGAACCACAGGAACAAUGGCCAACAUUAGGCGAAGAAGUCAAGUCUUCUUCUUCUGAACCAGAAACAGCAGUUGUGUCUCGUCAUGCAGCUGCAUUGGAUCGUAUUGCUGAUAUGAUCAAAAGUGUUGACAAAGUGAUCAAAUUUCGUCAAUAUGUGACGAAAUACACCAGUUUAAGCAUGGAUGCAGCUUCUUUUGUCAACAGCAUUUAUGGUCUAUGUGAUCAAGACAUGGACCUGACAGACAAAGUGAUUGCAGGAGCCAAGGAUUUGAUUGACAACCGUGCAUUAAAGUCAGACAUAAUUCAUGCUUGGAACAUCAAAAAGAACCCAUCUUUAAGCAAUGACACCCAUUCGCCCCGUGUGCUCAUUGUGGAUCCAAAACGAUCUCAGUCAAAGAAAAAGAAAGGUGUAUGGGAUAAAGUAGCAUCAGCAGCGAUCGAUGCAGGUGGUAUUCGUCCCCCUAGUUUCCCGCCUCUUCAGUCAAAGACACCUUGGAGUGGUUCAUCUACACCGCGCACUGCUUCUGAUGCUGAUCUGCAACAAUUGUUUCCUGCAUUACCCACUUCAUCAGGUACAUCCAGAAGAGCAGAUAUCAAUGCACUGUUGAGAAAACCUCAUCAAAAUGCAUGGAAUGAAUCCACAACAAAUGAAGAACAAGAAGAAGAAGAGGAGGAAAGCAACACAAAAAAGAAAAAGGGAAAAAAAGGAAAACAAGUGCUUUUCCGUGUAGGUCUAUAGAGAAUACCCUCUUUUUUUUUUUUUAUUAUUGUUUGCUGAAAUAAACAAG